AUGUCGUUAUAUGCAUUCUUAAAAAACCAAGAAUCGGCGAUAGUCGCUGAUACUCUUCGUUAUCUCUACGUAGACAACAUUUUUUACACGACCAAUGACCCAGCGGAAUUGGUCAACAUCUAUAAGGAAUCGAAGAGCAUUUUUUCUCAGGUAUCCAUGAAUAUACGAGAAUAUUUCAGCAACCACACGGAUACGAAUUCCACAUUCUCCGCAGAUGAUCAACACCCGGAUAAAAAUCCCAAAAUUCUGGGAAUCAAAUAUCACAGCACAACGGAUACGUUCGUCAUGACCUGCCAAUUACGAUCCCAACACACCUUCACCAAAAGGGAUCUAUUAAGCAGUCUACAUAGCGUCUAUGAUCCAUUAGGAUUAGCAGCACCGUUCCUCCUACAUUUUAAGCUCCUGCUCCGCCAAGUAAUGAACGGUGCAAUCGAUUGGAAGGAGCAAGUUCCAGUUGAUAUAGUUAACAACUGGAAUACAAUCAGUACUAAAAUAGGCGCUGCCCGGAUAGAAAUACCACGCAGCAUCAUAACAGACGAAGGCAGCAACGAAUUAUGGAUAUUCGUUGAUGCCAGUAUCCUGGCUAAAACGGCAUGUGCGUUUUACACUUCCAGCAUGACCAGGACGCCGCUGAUUAUGGGUAAAACAAAAUUGGCCUCAAAACACAGGGCAUUAACCAUAC